CGGACACCAGUCUGUGAGAAGACAUACACCAUGGCAGGACGUCCUGGAGGUUAUUACGGCUACGGCGGCCCGCCGCCCCCGCCCCCGCCGGGCCAUCCCCCCCACAUGUUCCCCGGCCCUCCCGGGGUCAUGUACUACCCCGUCCACCCCGCCUACUUCUACCCUUACCCUCCCCCGCCCGAACCGGUCCAAGUGGUCGACAGCCCGCCCGAGGAAGCCGUCCCGGAACUGCCCGGAGAGACGGUCGAGCUGCCGUGGAGUACAUACCGUUGGGUCCCAGCAUGCCUGAGCCAGCGCAGCAUCCCGCCGGGCGCGCUGCGCGUGGGCACGGACGCGGACGGCGAUGAGAUCUACGCGGGGCGCGCGCCGCAUGAGGGCGACAUCCUACCCGCCAAGGUCAUCCCCAGCAAGAACGCCUGCUACGUCGCACACAACGGGGAGGAAGUUCUGAAAGAUCAGUUUGAGGUGCUGGUGCCAGCGAUGUUCUCGUGGCAGUUCUCCACGAACGGCGCGGUGCCACCCGGCGCGGUGGAGGCGGGCGUCACCGCCGACGGCGAGAAGCUGUACUUCGGCCGCGUCACACACGACGGCUGCGUCACUCCCGGCAAGAUUCACCCCAGCCACGAGACGUGCUACUACCCGUUCGACGGGGAAGAGAGGAGCUCGGCCGAGUACGAGGUGCUCGUGCUCAUGUAGAUUUAGUCAAUACAUAUGGAUCUACGUACAGCCUUGGAUAAUUCCAAAGAUACACAAAUAUUUAGUU